AUGCGAAAGCCUCUACGGACGCAAUACUCAACCGAUUCUUCAACAGCACUUCUGAUACGUGAUAGCACCCCCGAGCGGCACAACGCACCUUCAACUUCUGAUGAAAGGCGAGGCAGUGGUAAGUAUUCACCUUCUAGUCACUUAGUAGCAAGAAUGCGCUCAAAUUCAACGAAUUUUAGGUCAACCUCGUUCAGCCCGAUCUCAUUCUCAAUGUUCUGUUCAAAGCCGACCAUUAGUUGUUACUGUAAGUUUGAUAAAAACCCCUUUACUUAUUUUACUUUUUGUUCUUAUUAAAAAGUCUUUUGACACAUUUCCCUUAAUUUUCCAGCGUUACAAAAGUUACAUAACACAAGCCAGUACGGACCAAAGCGAAUUCUCUUUGCCAACAGACAUCAGUAAAGAUGACGAACUCAAAGAAGCCGAAUCUCAGGAUCGAAUUCCUACCGACCAUUCGCCUGAGGACAGUGGCCACAAUUCAACCGAUGAGCUUCCCAAGAAGGAUGCGGCACAACAAGUUAGUCGUCAGCCGAGUGAGCGGAAGGAGAGAAGGUCAAGUUCAACCUCUAAGAAGGCCAUGACAGCAGCUCAGAAGAGGCAAAACUUCUCUCGAAAGAGUUCCACAUUGACUGAAACUCUGGCAAAACAACUGGAUUUCGACUUGGGAUUCUGCUCGAGCACUUCCAGCUCGGAUACCGAACACAACGGAGAGCCAGCGGAUAUGUUUGACGUACUAUAUAAACGAAUCAAGCAUCGGUUAAAGAAGGAUGACCGGCAGUGAGUUUUUAUACGUGGUUCAACGACUAUCAAUCCCAACUACCUCGAUUUCAGGCAGACAAACUUUGAGGAAUAUUUCUACAAUCCUCGAGGAAAAAUCUGGUCCAAAAAGCGAUGCAAAGAGAUCUUUGCAGGAAAACGGAUGAGGAAGAUGGCGUUUUGGUUUAUUGUUAUAUUCCUCGCUGCUUUGACUGUAAAGGACGUCAUUGAGCUCGUAGCUGAAUACUGUGAGAAUCCGAAACAAUCAGACAUCAACAUUCGCUUCAACAAGACGAUGAAAUUACCAGAUAUCACAUUCUGUAUGAGGAGAAUGCAGACUUUUAGUCAUUUCAAUUUGAAAAACGUCUCAAACUGGGACGAGAUUGUUCAGGUGGGUCUACUACGACGCCGCUAUAUGUUGCGAUGAUAUUUCCGUAAUGAUAACCUCUCACUAAUUAUAUUUUAGAGAAAUCUCGAGGAAAUGCCUGACCGUCACAGUUUUCUGCGUCGUUCUUGGGAUUAUAGGCUUGCGGCCGAAGGAUAUCAAGUUAUAUCAGCGCUAAGCUCCAUAGAACGUGAGACCACGGCCAUAGGAACUCUUCGAUCCAUUCAGAUGUUCAGAACCCACAGACGAUUAGAGACCAAAAGGAGAAUGAUUAAGGUACAGUAAAAUCUAACCUUGAUCUUUGAGGCCCAGUGGGUUUCGAGAGGUUGUCAACUCGUCUUAAGGACGGUCAUUAACUUUAACAGCGUCAUAAAAAGUGUUUUGCUAAUCAACAGAAAUCUUUUCCAGAUGUGGAUGGCCGAGCUGAAGAAACGUGAGGUCUCCUUCGAAGAGUUUACGCAAAAAGUCGGGUUGGAGGUUUUUCGACACUCGAAUCAAAGUUUCCUUCGAACUUCCUACAAUGAACAUGAAAAAUUUGUAACAGGACUCAAAACCUCGUGGAUUUCGGAGCAGGAAUUCUGUUUCCAACCCAAGUAUGAGUUGAAAAAACCAAUAACCGAUCAGGGUAAGAUAAUAAGCCAUCUGCAAAAGACAAAUCCCCAAUUCCCUGCUCGCAACAAAAUUAAGAAGAGUCUUAUUUUAGGCUACUUUUUCCGGUUUGUCACUUCUCACAACCCAGAGAACUUAGACGACAAAAAAGUCGAUUGCAUGACUGUUGAUUUCCAUGGGCGCCCAUCGUCGCUGACCCGGUACACACAAGCCACAGCCGUGAACGACGGAUUUAUCGAAGAUGUAAGCCUGCUGUAAGACUGCUUGCUGAUCAGUCGGUCGAGAAAAAACAAGGAAACCUUUGUUGCCACUCCCUCAAAUAAUGACCAAAUUUCAGCUAUGCAUUGGAAUGCGGCAUGAAAUUGUGGUUGAUAUCAAAGCGUUGUACGAGAUGUUGGAGAACGAUGACGAAGGAACGGAAUGCCGGGAAAUGACCGAAGACAGCGAAAACGAAUUCGACUGUCGGAUGCGAUGUCGGAUGGAGAUGAUACAACAUGAAUGUCACUGUACGCCAGCAACCCUGAGUUACUUGAAUAAAGUCGAAAAAUUUCCAAUCUGUGAUUAUACCAAAUGCAUUUUCAAGUAAGUUCAAGCCGAAGACGCGAUUGCACAAACAUAUUUCCCAAACUAUUAACCUCUUAUUUCAGUCCAAACAAGCGAAACAUAACCGAAGAGUUGUGUACAAAGAAAUGCCGGAGAAGUUGCGUUCAAGUGCGCUACAACGUUGUGCAUCACAUGAAAGGGAAGUCUCAGAAGCCGGACUUGACCAGAGUAGACCUGAUGUGGGGAUCAUUCGAGUACUUGGUCAUGAGGCAAGACUGGGUUUGGAGUGUGACCUCAUUCAUCGCCGCACUCGGAGGAUCGAUUGGAAUGUGGCUGGGCUUAUCGAUAUUGUCGCUGAUUCAGGUGAGACAAUAAUUUCCGCAAAAAUUUUCUUCAAAUAACGCAAACUUUAAUCAAAAAUUUUGUUUUCAGGGUGGAACCUAUCUCUACGCCUACCUCACGGAGAACGUCAUCAAGAACAAGAUAGCAAAAACAAUCUCCACGGCCAAGAUAAACCUGUUCAAAAAGGAAGAACAGCAGGAUAAAACAGAGCCCAAUGUAAGUCGUAUGCCGUUUAAACAGAUCGAAACCUUGCAGAGGCCAUCCAGAAGUCGAAUCCGCAGAGACAAGUCUACGAACUUGGUCUGA